GGAGCGCUCGCCCAGCCGCCGCCGCCGCCCAGCGCCUGAGUUUUCCCGGGCCCCGCAAUGAACCAGCUGCUGUGCUGCGCCCUGGUGUUCCUGGACAUCUCCAUUAAAUGGACCACCCAGGAAACCUUUCCUCCAAAGUACCUUCACUAUGAUCCAGAAACCUCGCGUCAGCUGAUGUGUGACAAAUGUCCUCCAGGCACCUUCCUAAAACAGCACUGUUCGGCCAGGCGGAAGACCGUGUGUGCCCCUUGUCCCAACCACUACUACACAGACAAGUGGCACACCAGCGACGAGUGUCUCUACUGCAUCCCGGUAUGCAAGGAGCUGCAGUACAUCAAGCAGGAGUGCAACCGCACCCACAACCGCGUGUGCGAGUGCGAGGAGGGACGCUACCUGGAGGUUGAGUUCUGCCUGAAGCACAGAAGCUGUCCCCCCGGCUUUGGGGUGCUCCACGCUGGAACCCCGGAGCGAAAUACAGUUUGCAAGAGAUGUCCAGAUGGGUUCUUCUCGAAUGAGACGUCAUCUAAAGCACCUUGUAGAAAACACACAAAUUGCAGUGCAUUUGGUCUCCUUCUCACUCAGAAAGGAAAUGCAACUCAUGACAAUGUGUGUUCUGGAAAUAGUGAAUCGCCUCAAAAAUGUGGAAUAGAUGUCACCCUGUGUGAGGAAGCAUUCUUCAGGUUUGCUGUUCCUACAAAAUUUACCCCUAAUUGGCUUAACGUCUUGGUGGACAAUCUUCCUGGCACCAGGGUAAAUGCAGAGGGCGUGGAGAUGAUCAAACGACAACACAGUUCACAAGAACAAACCUUCCAGCUACUGAAGUUAUGGAAACAUCAAAACAAAGAUCAAGAUAUGGUCAAGAAGAUCUUCCAAGUGUAUGGACACUCUACAAUGAGAGACAAUCCAUGUCAGAUACUGGACCGCAGAAAUUCCACUUCUACAUCCCUUAGUUUUAUUAGCAUCCCCUCUGGCCGGCCUGCAUGUUCUUCAAACACCCUGAUGGAAAGCUUGCCGGGGAAGAAAGUCACUGCAGAAGACAUUGAGAAAACAGUGAAGGUAUGCAAAUCAAGUGAACAGAUUCUGAAGCUGCUCAGCCUGUGGCGAAUAAAAAAUGGUGACCAAGACACCCUGAAGGCCCUGAUGCAUGCCCUGAAGCACUUGAAAACAUACCACUUCCCCAAAACUGUCACUCAGAGCCUGAAGAAGACCAUCAGGUUCCUACACAGCUUCACCAUGUACAGAUUAUAUCAGAAACUAUUUUUAGAAAUGAUAGGGAACCAGGUCCAAUCAGUAAAAAUAAGCUGCUUAUAACCGGAAAUGGUCACUGGGUUAUUUCCUCACAAUAGACCAGAUCCAAGGAAUGAGGAAACUGUUUCUCAGGCACUUGACGGGGUACAAUGAUUUCUUUCUCAUCACCAAGGACUAGAUUUGGCCACAGGGCACGAAAAGAAACAAUGGUGUGGAGAAAGAACUAACAUCUCCCCCAAAAGUUCAACUAACCCCAAAUGGUUUAUCCAACUGAUAGAUCUGGUCCCGUAUCUACUGACUAUAUUUUCCCUUAUUACUGGUUGCAGUAAUUCAACUGGAAGUAAGAAACUAGAUUCCAUUGUGCCUUACUAAAUAUGGGAAUGUCUAACUUAAAUAGCUUUGAGAUUUCAGCUGUGCUAGAGGCUUUUAUUAGAAAGCCAUAUUUUUUUCUGUAAAAGUUACUAAUAUAUCUGUAACACUAUUACAGUAUUUCUAUUUAUAUUCACUCAGAUAUAAGGUUUGUACAUAGUAUAAUCCUAAAAGGAAAUUGUGUAAGACAAUUUUAGAAAGGAAAAUAUAUAUUCUGUUUAUUAUUAUGACAAAUAAGAGAUAAAAUAUAUUUUUUAACAGAAAGUUUAUAGCAUUUCUUAAUAGGUACUGCCAUUCUUCCUGUGUGGAGUAUUUUUGUAAGAUACGUUUACCUGUAUAAAUUGUAAUAUCCUAUUUUAGAAAAUGCAUUACUUAGUCAAUUGUUUAAUGUUGGAAAGUAUAUGAAAUAUAAAUUAUCUGAAUAUUAGAUGCUCUGAGAAAUUGAAUGUACCUUAUUUAAAAGAUUUUAUGUUUUUACUAUAUAAACAAUAUCAUUAAAGUUUUCAAGUUAUUUUUAUCA